AACCAUAAAUUACAGAAAUAUUGGAAUGUGUAUUGUGUAGAGAAAAAUGGCGACUUCAAUUUCUUGUUGCCUCAAUUCUUCUCUCAAGUCUCAUUAUCUCUCCUCAUAUUCAUAUCCGUUUAAAUAUUUGCAGAGAACCCAGAGCUUUCGCUGCUACUCGAGUACAGGGGACAGCAAUCAAACGCCUCGGCUUUUGAAGAUUGCAGUUAAUGGAGUCACUGAGAUUCUACGGCUCUUCUCCUCGGGCAAGGAGAGAUUGGAUGGGACGAAGUAUACACAGGGGGAUGAGCCUUCGAUUUCUGAUAUAGAUGAUGUUAUUGUGGUCCUUAAAUCGGAUUAUGAUAAAGCUUAUUUCGUUACAGGAAAUUUUACUCCCACAAUUUAUGCUGAUGACUGCAUUUUUGAAGACCCGACUAUUAAAUUCCGUGGUAAGGAUCUUUAUUCUCGCAACUUGAAGUUGCUUGUGCCGUUUUUUGAUCGCCCAUCAAUUGUAUUACAAAAAAUUGAGAAGGGUAUGAAUUUUGAAACAAACUUUGUACUUGCGACAUGGGAGCUAAGAACCUAUCCAAAUGCCAGAACAUUGAAACUUGAGUUAUUAAAGCGAAAACAAUGGAGAACAUUGAUUUAA